GCAUGGCGGGGGAAGUGUUGAUGUCGGACCGAAAAAUAUUGCAAUUAUGUGUCUUACUGUGUUGCAUUGUUGCACUGCAGGCUUCCAGACUGAAUGCUCCUCGGGUCCUCUUGCCGUACAACCAUGAAAUACCAUCAAACUUCACGCUGAAGGUGUAUGAAGGAGGCUGUUAUAGAUGGUCAUGUUCAAGAGAUGGUGUGGUCUCACUAGAUGAAGAUCUAAAAGACGGCUGUGCAAAUCAAGUCCAUGUAUCAGCCAUUUGCCGAUCCCCUUCCCGACAGACAGCUAUCAUCCUGGCACAGGACCCUGUGAGUGGUGGUCUUCUUCGAUGUGAUGUUCUUGUUGAUACUAUCCAUCACCUUGUGAUUGUUACCACCACCAGGGAACUUUAUGUAGAAGAAGCACCAGAAGAGUUUGUGGUGCGUGCGUACGAUGACCAAGGAAAUGAAUUCUCUACUUUGGAAGGUAUUGAAUUUAUUUGGGAACUUCAGACUAUCACAAACAGAGAGAGUGUUGUGGCUGCUCAUACCAUUCUCAGGUUCUUGACGUAUGAGGAAUCCCCGUACAAGGUUCCAACAGCCAUUGAGCCUCUAGAGGCAAAUGGUCGACGAGGAAACAUGAUUUUGAUUGAAGGAAAACAGACUGGUUCAGCCCGAGUGUCUGUGAGGGUAGCCCAUCCUGCAUACAAGGAUUUAGCCCCAGCCUCAGUUGACCUGAUGGUUGUAGCCAACCUUCUCCUUGAUCCAGUAGAUGUAUAUGUAUUGCCACACACUGCUGUUCAGUACACUGUCUCCCAACUGAAGCAGGGUCAUUUGUCUACCAUUGAUGUCCGGGGAUCACAGUAUUACUUGCAAGUGGAAAACAGUGAAGUAGCUGAGUUGAAUGAUGACAGUAUUAGCAUUACUGCACUGAGUUUGGGCACUACACAGGUCAUUCUCAAGGAUAAGAAUGUAGCAUCUUCAGAACUAGUGAAGCAGCCAACUGCCACAGUUCAUGUGGUUGACCCAUCAUACCUUACAAUAUCCAUAGCUCCUCACUACAACCCUGCACUUGUUCGAGGGAGACACUAUGCUUUUAUUGUCAAUGUUUAUGACAAGCAUAACAACAAGAUCUUCUUGGCUGAUAAUAUUGUGAUUGAGACGACAAUAUCUCCAGAUUAUUUCACAGUAGAGUAUGUGUCCAAGAAUGGCUCCUAUGUAUAUGGUGUCCCAAUCAAGACUGGAAAAACUAAAGUUCAGGCUACACUCUCAGCAGUGGAGGUUGGCAGCAGCAUACUGGAGAUAACGCCACCACUUAAAACAAGUGAAGAUUUGGAGAUAUUUGACCCUUUGUCUGUUAUUCCCCCUCGCACAGUCUUGCCAUGGGACCCAGUGACUAAACCAAUGUAUAGUGUCAAUCUUACUGCUGUCGGUGGUUCUGGAUCACUGUCAUGGAGCAGCAGCAAUGGAGAUAUUGUUGGAGUUUCUCAGACUGGGGUUUGUAAGACCAAAGCCCAGGGUUCCGUCACUGUCACAGCUGUUAUGAUGCUUAAUACACACAACAAGGACUCUGCUCAGAUCCACAUUGUCGAAGCCUUGGGUUUAAGUCUUCUUGAAGGUGUGGUUGAAGUGGAAGUAGACACUCCACUUCCUCUCCAUGUCGCUUCAUUCACCCAGUGGGACAAUACCCAAGUCCCAUUCACAGUCUGCCAUCAGCUGCCAUUCAAGGUGGAACCUUCGGAAGUUUCAUUUGCUGCUCUGCCUGAUGUGAAAACUCCCACUGUCAACAAUUCCUGUGCUGUUGUAGAAGUUGUUGGUAAAACUCCAGGCUUUUCCAAAGUAAAGGUCUCAUAUGAAAGUUCCAAGGGGGAACUGGCAGCUUCAGCAGAUGUUGCAGCCUUUAGGCCUCUUCGUCCAACUAAUCCAGCUUCAGGGGAGACUGUUCUGGCAUUAGGAUCCUCAAGGGUUGUGGUGUUUCAAGGAGGGCCACUUCCUUGGAUUGGAAAGCCAACCAGUCAUUUUGCUCGAGUUGAAAUUGAUGAUGCAGAAAAGGUUGAAGUAAAACUACUGGAAGGACUCAAGAAACAGGCAGACUUGCAUGCAGUCAGAGUGCACUGUCAUAGUCUUGGAGAAUUUACUGUUACACUCACAGUUGGCAACAAGCCCUCACCAACACUUCGACAUCCUCGCACUGUUGAUUCCUCCUUAAAGGUUAUUUGUGCCUUGCCAGAUUCCAUCAGCUUACAGGCCGUUAGCAAAAGACCUGUGGGUGCACAAGGACAGUGUCCUGUGUUUGCUGAGAUUGGAAUUGCACUUGCACAUUGCUAUAAACCUCUGCAGCUGGAGGUAAUAGUUACUGAUUCUGAAAAUCGCAAGUUCGACAAUGUUUCAUCUCUUGCCUUGAAAUGGGACUUGUCUGAUGAUAGCUUAGCUUCUACUCCUGCAGAACCAUCAAGUCUUACACAGGUUACAAAUUUACAUGGAUACAACCUCCCCAUGUUUUCUUACCAAACCCUAGAACCAACUGGGCAGGUUGGAGAGGUGGUUGUUAGUGUGAAGUUAAAUGGUUAUAAUAAGUUUGUGUCACAAACAUCUAGACAACAUCCUGUCCCAUCCCUUUCUGCUUCUCUUCCUGUGAAGCUGGUUCAAGAUGCUGUGUUGAAUCCAUCACAUGCUGUAUUGUACCAGCAUAAGGACAAUAUGCUGGAAUUGUCUCUAUCUGGAGGUUCUGGAUUCUUUGAGCUCCAAGCUCCUGAGAAUGAAAUUGUCUCCUUGGUCUACUUAGAGAAUGAAAUGAAAGUUAAUGUUCGUCCUCUGUCUGAUGGGGAUGUAACAGUCAGUCUCAUUGAUGUGUGCUUAGAAGCUGAGACACCUGUUAGUUCAACAAUUAAGGUGGCUAGCAUUGUAUCCCUUGACUUGGUGAUGGUUGACCGUGUGGAACUUGGAGGAACAUUGGAGGCUGAGGUCAUAGCAAGGGAUGCAAGUGGAAACUCUCUACCUGCACACUUUCUCAUGGAUUUGACCCUAAAUCCUCAAGCUAAUAUUAUUACAACCAAAUAUUUAGGCACCAACAAUAAUGACAAUGCCAUAUAUGAAGUAAUUGGUCGGCAUGUAGGUGAUACAACUCUUAGGGCAAGUGCAGGGAAUGGUCCUAUGGGAGAUAGUGUUAUUCAUAGUCCAUCUAAGCCUGUGCAAGUCUUCCCUCCCCUCACUCUACAGCCCAAGAAUAUCACACUCAUUAUUGGUGCUAAUUAUCAAGUUGAAACAAAAGGUGGACCAUAUCCUGAUGCCACAGUUGUGUAUUCCAUGUUGAAUGAGACAAUUGCCAAUACAUCACACACAGGUGUUAUCACAGCUCUGUCCCUCGGCACUACAAUCCUUACCGCUCAGGCUAUUAGCAUCAACAAAGAAAAUGGAGUGACUGUUGUUUACUCACAGGACACAGUGAUAGUAAAUGUUGUGCCUCUGACAAGUAUACACAUUCAUGCCCCACUAACACAUCUGGAGACAGGGACAACCAUGCCUCUCUAUGCCAUUGGAAAUGAAGAGGACCAGAACCCUCUAGCAUAUGCAACAGCACUACCACCUUUGUUGUUUGAGUGGACAGUCAGCAACAAGCAAGUUGCCGCCUUUAAUGGAAUAUUUAAGGAGAAUGGAAUAAUAGAAUCCAAGGAGAAUAAUGGCAUCGUUCAGCUAAGUGCAGAGCAAGCUGGGCGCGUGACAGUUACACUGAAAGUUAAACCAGUUAUUCCAUCUAGCUUCCCCAACUUCCAGCUGACAGAUAAUGCUCUCCUUACAGAUAAAUUAGAGGUUAAGGUGUUUGAUUCCCUUAGACUCAAGCAUCCUGAUGAUGGAUCCUCAAAUUUAUUACUAUCACCUGAAGCAGAGACCAAAAUCAAGACCAAUAGAGAUGGUAAUGGAAAAUUGUCAUAUGCAGUUGAAGGAUGUAAAAGAGAUUCAGCAAAAGCAGCAGAUGUAAUUACUGUAAGCCCCGAUGGUGUUGUUAAUUCUGGCAGCACAACUGGUCAGGCUACAGUGAUUGUCACAGUUGAGGAGAACUUUGGAGUCACACAAAGUAUUUCCAUCUUAGUUGAGGUGAAGAAAAUGACCUACCUACAAGCAGGUGUAGAGGUGUUUAUGAGCACUUUGCCAGGAGAAUCCCUCAGUGUAGUCCCAGUUGGUGUAACUAUGAUGCUUCAUCUGACAUACCAUGACAACCGUGGGCGUAUUUUUCAUGCCACAAAUGCUCACCCUACCUUUAGAUCAUCAAGAUUUGAUCUCGUAGAUGUGAAACGUGGGGGAACAAAUAAUACCCUACAGGUGACUGUGAGAGGAACAGGCCAAACAGUUCUUCAUAUCUGGAAUGAGAAAGAUGCUCUUGUUAGUGGUUUCCUUCACAUUAACACUGGGCUUGGCAUAUUUCCUCAUAAGACUGUGAUACCUCUUGGUGGACACAUUUGCUUGUCUUCAAGCAUAAGGAGUCCAGAUGGAGAAGCAGACUCACCUAGGGAAUGGUCAUCAGCUGGGGAUAUUCUACAGCUGGGCACUGACAGUGGCGUUGCUUUUGGACAGCAGAUUGGACGCUCUGUUGUGUCUUACAAAGUCAGCUCUUCUCUCACAGCUGCUACAGAAAUCAGUGUCACUCCAAUUACCAAGAUUUCCUUGAGCAUUCCAACCCAGGCCAUAACAACAGGGGAAGAGAGUGAGCCAUAUCUUGCAAUGGUAACCCUGGGAGGAGAAGGAAUUAUGUCAGGGGAGUCUCAGUGUAAGCCUGCAGAGGGACUCCUUGUCAGUCCACCUUUCACAUGCAUUGUAGCCUUCUCUCCGCCCAUUCCUCAGGUUGAUGCAAAGGAAGUUCUUAAAGCUAGUGCAGUCUAUAUGGCCAAGAGAGGAUAUGCUUGUGAAAUUAGCUCUUUGAGCAGCCCUUCUCCACUUCUGGCUAAAGGUCAGGCUUCAGUUAUACUGGAAGCUGUAGUGGUCAGCCGAGGGCAGCAAGGUGAAGUGAGGUCAGGCCAGGUAACAAUACCAUUCUACCCAGCACCAUUUGCAGAAAUCUCAGAAGUUACACUUACCAAUGAAGUACCAUCUACAUCUAUUGAGAUUCAGGGAACAUUUGAGGUUCUUAGUACUCUAGAAAUCACAAGUGAUGUCAGCCAAUUGGAUUUGUCUCUAGGUACAGCAGAGAGUAACAAACGACCUCUGAUGCUAAGCCUAAGAGACUCAGUGUGGUCUGAGGUACCUGAAGAACCUCUCACAAUUGCAAUUUCUUCACCAUACACCAGGAGUAAAAUUGAGGUUUCAGUGAAGGUAGAACAGGUUGGGGAUGGUUACUGUGCAUCACCAAGAGACCUAGGCAUCAUCAACUUGUUGGUGACGUUCCUAACAACAUACGACAGGCUCCUCAUCAGCAUUGCCUGUCUGGUUCUCACAGUUGCCUGCAUAGUCAUAAGUUAUCAUGCCUUGUUUGGUCCUGGGUAUAAACAGACUCAGCAAACAGGUGUGUUUGCAAAUUCACCUAUGCCAGGACCUGCUAUGACAGCAUUUUCUCCAAAUCGCCCUUCGCCUUCGGGGAGUGGAAGCAGUGGAGUGAGUGGAGGCAUGGACUCCUUAGCAAAGCGGUUGGAUUACUCCCCUUCACCACAGAGGAUCACUUUGUGGAGUGUGAAUAAUGAACCAAUAUAUGGAGCUCCUCCUUUCAGACGAGGGGCUUAUGAGGAUUCUCCAACUUAUAGAUCUUCACCAAAGUGAUCCUGUGAUGAUUAGAUAAAUUUUUUCUUAGUGGCUAAACAAUUUUUUUUUUUUUUUUUUUUUUUUCUGUCUUUUAGAUUGAUGGAUUUGUUUUUCUCUGUUGAGUUUGAGUGUUUUAAGAGCUGUACUUAAACAAAUUAGAUAGCAGAUAGAUAUAUUCCUUUCUAGUUAGCAUUCAAGAUGAACCUUUGAAAGUGAGUGUAUUAAUGCUGAACAGUAACAGUAGAGUAUAGAGAAGUAAUUUCCUUAAAUAAACAGUUUACUGUAUAAAGCUUAAGGUUUAUGUGUACUUGUAUUUCCUAUUUUUUUAAUGUGUACAGUUACUGCAGUGAUUGCAAAUUCAGAAGUCAAAAAGAUGUAAAAUAGAAGAUGCAUUUGCAGUUUUAUAUUAUGAGAUGGGAUUUUGUCUGCAUAAUGUCAUGGUAUUGUAAUCUGUUUUAUUGAAUACAUUAUCCAUUGUCAAUUAUCUUGAUGUAAAAAUGUACUUCCAGUCUCUGUAAGAUGAAGAAAUUUGUGUUCAUUUCGAACAGUAAGAUAUAAGAAAAAGUGCUUUGCAAAGAGGACCAGGUAUGGUAAAUGGUUUGGUACAUACAUGCCAUGUCCACUGUGAGUUAAGUUUCAUAAUUGUGUUUACACAUGGAUGGCUCCACAAGUACUUAGUCACCAAAGAGUCAAUUUCCAGUCAUACCUAGCUCACCUGUUUCCCCUUUUCUUGGAAUUUUGGAAAGAUAAUUUUUAUUUUCUAUUGCUGUUAGUAUUUAAUAAUCAUAACAUUGAUGAUGACGAAAGCAGUAUCAUUAUUAGAGUAAACAUUUUAUCUAAAAAUUCAAAGAAUGGGGAAAUCAGGUGAGGUGAUGUCAGGCCUAUUAAUUGACUCCUUAGUUGUUGAGCAGUUGUAGAGCCAUCUGUUUUCAACAAAAUUCACAAAAAAUACAGUGAACAGUACUUGUACCCCCAUGCAAAGGGUUAAAGUAAUGAUACAGAAAGGCUAAGAUUUACACCUGUGAUACUUGAUAAACCUUGUGUUCCAUGCACAGUAGUAAAUUAAAAUUGUAUGUAUGCACCUUGAAGUGCAUUACAUUAAUUAAUUGUAAAACUGGCUUUGCAGUGUUGCAGCAGCUUGUUGAUAUGUGCUCACUGUGAAAACCCAUAAUAUUACAGUGUAGUCAUUCUUU